AUGGAUGGCCGCGACUUCGCGCCGCCGCAGCAUCUCCUGUCGGACCGCGGCAGCCUGGGACACCGCGGAGCGGCCGCGCAGCCCCCGGCGCACUUCCAGCCGGGGAAGUACUUCCCGUCGCCGCUGCCCAUGGCUUCGCACACAGCUGGCAGCCGUCUGAUGGGAAGCUCGUCGGCGUCCUCGUUCAUGGGCGGCUUCCUCACCGGCAGCUUGGGCGCCACGGCCUCCACGCACGCCAGCGGCCCCACCUCGUCCCCCCCGGAGCAAGCCUACCGUGGCCCCCACCCCACGCCCUCCCAGAUCUGGUUCUCCCACCCCCACGAAGCCCCAGGGUACCCCAGGUUCUCGGGGAGUCUGGCGUCUUCCUUCCUGCCCGUGAGCCACUUGGAUCACCAUGGAAACAGCAACGUUCUCUAUGGGCAGCACCGUUUCUAUGGAACCCAAAAAGAUAACUUCUACCUGCGCAACCUGCCCCCCCAGCCCACGCUCCUGCCUGCCAACCACAGCUUUCCUGGCAUGGCCCGGGCUGCGCCCACCGCCCAUCACGUUGGCUCCUGCAGCCGGGACCGGGGCGAGACCGGCUCUCUGCCGAAGGCCCCCAAGGAGUUCGACCGCUUCCUCGUCGGCAAAGACAAGGCCAGCCAGGCAGCGGAGAGCAAGGACGAGGACGGCGGCAAGGAGCGGCACAAGCUGGUGUUGCCCGUGCCAGCCGACGGGCACUGCAAGGAGGGCAGCACGAUGCCCCGUGGGGCCUGUGAGGGCCGCCCCAAGCACCUCGCCUCCUGCCUGCUGAAAGCCAAGGUGCUCAACGGCGAGGGAAGCACGGCCGCGCUGCUCAACUGCGCAGCAGGGGCUGUGCUGGGACGGCCAGGCGCAGGCGCUGCGCCUUCAGGACGCUGUGCCAAGGAGGCAGCGCUGGCGGGUCCCACCGAGCCAGGGCCCGCCUUCAGCGAGUGCCUGGAGCGCCGGCAGAUGCUACACCAUGCUGUGUCCUACACGGUGCCCUCUGGCCUGCCCACCGGGCCAGCACCUCCCCUCAGCACGGCUGCUGCGGGUUCUUUCCCCUGCCUCCAGUUGCACGCUGGCCCAGACGGGCUCUGCCCUCUGCAGGACAAGGCCUCCCGGGACCUGAAGGCCAGUGGGCCCACCUUCGUGCCUUCCGUAGGACAUCUGACUGACAAGAGCCGCCCCUUCCAAGCUGCUGAGGCCUGUGCCAUGGCCGGCGAGGGCAAGGACCGGCGCCUGGAGGGCACGAUGGCCCCUGACCACACCACAACAUACGGGGUCUCCUACGCCCACCUGAAGGCCGAGGGCAAGGGGGAAAGGCGGCCUGGGGGAUUCGAGACCACCCUCAACCCGCGGCUAAAGGGUCUGGAGUACCUUGGCGCAGGGGUCCCCGAGGCGGCCUUUCCUGGGCUCCCUAAGGGUGGGCAGGACAAGAGCGGCUACUUCGAGUGGCCCGCCCCCUCGCAGGACUGCGCCAGGUCCAGUCACCAGGACCCGCUGGGCGGGAAGGCUGCCCAGGCCUGCUGCACUUUAGACAAGGUAGCCAAGGAGGCCCCUGCCGGGGUCCAGAAGGUAGCCCGGAUCCGGCACCAGCAGCACUUGGGAGCCCCCGAGGUAGAGCCGACGGCUGCUGGCUGUGAGGCCAAGCGCAGGUCCCUGGAGCUGGCUUCGCUGGGCUACGGCGGCCCCCACCUGCCCCCAUGGGGCGUGCAGGCCGCUCAGGGCCCUGCUGUGGCGGUCGGCGAGGAGCGCAAGGGUGGAGCCUACCUGGACCCCUUCGGCAGUGGCCUGCAACAGGCUGCCCUCCUGCCCCAGGAGUUGCCCGCCCCCGCAGACGAGGUCUCAGCCAUGAAGAACCUGCUCCAGUAUAGCAGCCAGGCCCUAGCCGUGGGCCAGAAGGCUCCCUUCGUAGGCCUGGGGGCCCUCAAGGCCAGCUGUGUCCAGCAGGAGGCCAAGUUCCCAGCCUCCAAAGGCUCUGGCCCGGCCGACAGGCCCGACUGUGCCCGCAGCCGGGAGCACGACACCACGCAUGGCGACGGGGAGGUGCGGCAGCCCCCGGUGGGCAUUGCUGUGGCCCUGGCCCGGCAGAAGGACACAGCUGGCCGAUCCGAGUCAGCCUACAGCACCAACGCUGGGAGGCAAGGCCGGGCUGCUCCUGGCUUCAAAGCCGGUGGUGGACCCCGUACAACACACACGCUAGACCUGGAAGCCGAGGAGGAGAGAGCACGGCUGAGUGAUGACCGCCUGGGGCUGGCCAGCCGUGAACUACUGCAGGACAGCAAAGACCUCGUGGAAUUCGCCCGGAUCCACCCCUCCAGCAGCUGCCCCGGGGACCUGGCCCCACACCUCCUGAUGCAAAGCGGCCAGCUGAGUGGGGACCCAGCCCCCCACCCCCACCCUGCACACCCACCCUGGCUGCCCCGUACCCGCAGUCCCUCCCUGUGGAUGGGAGGACACUCCUACGGCCUGGGGCACCCUGCCCUGCAUCAGAACCUGCCACCUGGCUUUCCUGCCUCCGUGCCCGGCUCGAUGCCCUCUGUGUUCCCCCUUUCCCAGGACACCGCCGCACAGCUGGUCCUCCUACCCUCCGAGCCCACGCCCCACACCGCGCCUCACACACUUGCCGACGUCAUGGACCAGGCCUCGUUGUGGCCCCCCAUGUACGGGGGCCGUGGCCCCACAUCGCACAUGCAGCCGCCAGGCCAGCUGCCCGUCUACUCGAGGUCCCAGCUGCUGCGGCAGCAGAGGGCGGCACAGGCACUGGAGCUGCCGCGGGCCUCGCAAUUCCAGCGCAAGCCAGAAGAUCAGCAGCACCCGGAGCCUGAGGGGCCGCCCCCAGAGAAGGCCCUCACGUCCACCCACAAGCCAGUUGCCUUAACCCCCGCGGCCAAGGGCGCCUCCUCGCCCGCCACCUCCGCAGGCCCGGUCAAGUUGUCGCCCUGCUGCCACUCGCCCACCAUGAAGCCCCCUGCUGGCUGCCCCACCCCACCCCCACGACCUGCUGCCCCGUGCACUUUAUCUGUCUGCCCGGCCGGCAGCCCUGGGCCCAGCUCCCAGGUGCCUGGUGCCAAGGAUAGGAGUAGCAGCAGUCAGCAGCCUGGGAUGGACCUCACCACUUUGGAGCCAGGUAACCGUGGCAUGGAGUUGGGUGAGGAAGGACUUUCCUCCCCCCGUCCCUGUGGCAAGGAUCCUGGGGCAGGCUUCCUCUGCCCCCUGACCGCCUCUUCCUUUACAGACCUGCCUCCUGGAUGUGUGCACCCUCCAACCAGCACAGGCUUUGCCACCCUGCCCACAGACACGCUCGCUUCUGACCUCGCAGACCCCAAAACUAUGCAAACUCGGGCCCCACCCGAGCCACCACCACUGGCUUCCUGCUGUCCCAGGAGCCUGGAGGAACCUGGACUGUGCUCGGGGGCCAAGGAGACCACCCAGGACCUCACCACCCCCUGUCCCGCCGAGCGGGGCACCCCGGGGAAGGCAGCAGACCCCAGCCCACUCAAGGGGCUGCCAGAACUGCAGGGCGGAGCCCUCCUCAAAGGAGGAGGCCCAGAGGCUGCUGGCCAGGUCCUUUCUACUCAGGGAGAGGCACGGGAGGAUCAGCCUGUGGAGCAGGUGUGGGAGGAAGGCCCACGGGGACCUGCGCCUGAUGCCCACGCCCCGGAAUCACAGGCGGUCAGCCCGAGCCCCCUGGAAGAUGAGGGGGCACCCCCAGCCCCUGAGGAGACUGAGCUGGAGGAAGGAAGCAUGGAGGACUCGGAGGAGGACUGGAGGACACCUCCUGAUAGCAGCCACUCACCCAGGGCACUUCCCGGCCUGGACGCCCUGGUGGCUGCCACCAUCAACCUGGGGGACCUGCCCAGCGUGGACCUGUCAGUCACUCAGCCCCGUGGCUCAGGGAUGCCCGGCAUUGCCCUGCUCAGCGAGCUGGCAGAGCUGGAGACCCAGCGGCAGCAGAGUGAGCAGGCUGUGCAAGGGGAGCAGGAAGACGUGCUGACCUUCAACCUCCGACACCUGGCCACACUGGCCACAGCCUGGUCUCUGGUGGAGGCCGCUGACCUGGACAGCCUGGCCGCCUCAGCCCCGCCUCCAGCCACUGACCCCAGGAGCAGCCCCAGGCUGACCGCUCGCAUGCAGAUCCUGCGACGCAAGGACACCUGGACCCCCAAGCCCAAGCCUGUGUGUCCCCUGAAGGUCGCUAUUGAGCAGCUAGACACCCAGGAGGUGGAGCUGCGCGUGCGGCUGGCCGAGCUGCAGCGGCGCUACAAGGAGAAGCAGCGGGAGCUGGCGCGGCUGCAGCGCAGGCACGACCAUGAGAGGGAUGAGAGCUCCCGGAGCCCUGCACGACGGGGGCCUGGCCGGCCCAGGAAGCGCAGACACUCCAGCUCACUGCCCGCUCUGCGUCCUGGGGGCCAGCUGGCCAGGGGUGACAGCAAGAAAGUCAAGGCGGUGCGGGCCAGCCUGAGCCUGCUGUGUGCCGAACUGCGAGGUGCAGGAGAGCCCCCCAAGAAACGGAGCAGACUGGAGAAGAGCAUGUACACCGGCUUGCAGGCUGCGGACAAGGUGCGGUGCAGGAAGCACAGCGGCCAGGGGGAGCUGGCCUCGGCGGUGGCCCACCAGGUGUCCCAGCUGAGGCCGAAGGUCAGAAGCCAGGGACUGCCUGCCGGGCUGGGUCCCUUCCCACGAAAGGAGGCCACCCCAGGGAGGCGCAUCCGCACAAAGCUCUCCCGAGCUAAGAAGGCCACGGCGCCCGGAGCCUCCCGGCACCCACAGCCCGGCGGAGACGUGCCCAAGUUUCCAGCCCAGCCAGAGGCAGGCAACGGCUACGACAGCGAGGAUGACCGAGCCACUGUGCCUGAGCCUGGGAUGCUGCUGCACGCAGGGGCCAGCGUGGCGGUCCUGGGGCCGUCCCCCUCCUCUGUGGUCAAGAUGGAAGCCAACCAGAAGGCCAAGAAAAAGAAGGAGAGACAGGGCCUGCUAGGGCCCUGCCACCUAUCCAGCCCUGAGGGUGAGGUCAAGAUCAAGAGAAGGACCAGCAAAGUCAAGGUGGGUGCCAAGCUGGAGCGGGCGGCAGGCCGGAGGCUCUCAGGUGCCUCCGGCAAGAAGAGAGCUAAGAACAAGGCCAGAGCCAGCCUGCGGGCGGAGCCAGGGGCCACCCCUGGCAGGGAUGUGCUGUUUGGACCCGCACGGGCCUUCCCCUGCCGCGCCGAGGGCAACAAGCUGGCCAGCGAGCGCCUCAAGAGGGCAACACGCAAGAGUGCAGUGCUGCCAGCCGCCCUGCGGCGGAAGAAAGGAGCACUGUCCAUCACCCUGUCAGCCCGCAACGCCAAGGCCGUCCUGGGGAAGGGCAGGAAACCAGGCAAGGUGAAGACCACCGGCAAGCAGGGCCAGGGCUGCGCGGUGAACCGGCUGCUGGAGAGCUUUGCUAGCCAGGGUGAGUUGGAGAUGGAUGACAACAGCAGCUUUGAGGAUGAGGACGAAGAGGAAGAGGAAGAAGGAGCAGGGUCGGCCAGGGGGGCUCUGAGUGUGGAGCAGAGUGCAACCCUGGCGCGCUCCUGCACCAUCCACAAGGAGGAUCUGCAGGAUGGGCUCCCGGUGCUCAUCCCCAAGGAGGACAGCCUGCUGUACGCGGGCAGCGUGAGGACGCUGCACCCACCAGACAUCUACAGCAUCGUCAUUGAGGGCGAGAGAGGCAACCGCCAGCGCAUUUACUCGCUGGAGCAGCUGCUGCAGGAGGCGGUGCUCGACGUCCGACCACAGUCCAGCCGCUACCUCCCGCCUGGCACCCGGGUCUGUGCCUACUGGAGCCAGAAGUCUCGGUGCCUGUACCCUGGCAACGUGAUCCGAGGAGCCUCGAGCGACGAGGAGGAGGACCCGGACUCGGUGGUGGUGGAGUUCGAUGACGGUGACACGGGCCACAUUGCCGUUUCCAACAUCAGGCUGCUGCCCCCCGACUUCAAGAUCCAGUGCACGGAACCCUCUCCAGCCCUGCUGGUGUCCACCAACUGCCGCAGGACCAAGAAGGCAUCCAGCGAGGCCCCCUUGCCCAGUGAAGCCCCCACCCCCAGCCUGUCGCCCAAAGUGCAGGACAGCUCCGAGUCCAAGACCCCUGGGAAGAAAUCUGUUGGCAAGGACAAGACUGGUACCUGCCGGGACCGGCAAGGGGGUCGCAAAGCCCCACCAGGGGCCUCGGACCACUUCCUGGGACGCCGCUGCAGCCCCCUGCUGAGCUGGUCGGCCGUGACACAGAGCAAGCGGAAGGUGGCUGCUGGCAAAGGCCCCGGGCUGCUGCAGAACCUCUUUCAGCUCAACGGCAGCGCCAGGAGGCUGCGGGCCCGUGAGGCCCUGUUCCCGGUGCACAGCGUGUCCGCGCCGGUCUUCGGCAACGGCUUCCGCGCCGACUCCUUCAGCAGCCUGGCCAACUCCUAUGCACCCUUCCUGGGCAGUGGGGCAGGCCCCGGGCUGCCCGGGGGAGCCCACAGGCUGCUGCGGGCCAAAAAGGCAGAGCGGGCGGAGGCUGAGCGGGCUGGCGGGCGGCGGCGGGCGAGCGGCGAGUUCCUGGUCAAGCUGGACCACGAGGGUGUCACCUCCCCUAAGAACAAGAACUGCAAGGCACUGCUGGUGGGUGACAAAGACUUUGGCCCCAAGCUGGCACGGCCUCUGCCCAGCCCCAGCUAUGCACACCCGGCCCUGGCGGGCAAGGACAAGAAGGGCCGGGCACCUGUCCACUCGCUGCCUGUGGGGCUGGCACUGCGCAAGUACACGGGCCAGGCUGAGUUCUCCCUGCCCUGUGACAGCGAUUGCCACAGCUCCUACUCGGACGACGAUGACGACAGUCCGGGACUGGCGGCCGGCGUGCCACCCCGCUUCCUUACCCGCCUGCCCACCUCCUCCUCCUCGUCCGCCUCGUCCACCUCCUCCUCCUCGGGUUCCGUGUCCACGUCCAGCCUCUGCUCCUCCGAUAACGAGGACUCAUCCUACAGCUCGGACGACGAGGACCCGGCCCUGCUGCUGCAGACCCGCCUGGCCCAGCCGGUGCCCGCCCUGCUGGCGCCACCCGAGGCCCUGCACUCCAAGGGAGGCGGCCCCCACACCCACGCGCCCCGCUGCUUCCUAUCCAGGGCAGCGGUGGCCAGCAUGGGCGCUGGCACAGGACCCAGCAGUGGCAGGAACAAGCUCAAACGCAAGGAGACCCUGGGCUUCUCCAAAGCCAAGGAGCUCUCUCGGAGGCAGCGGCUGCCGUCCACCGAGAGCCGGCCAAAGAUGGCAGCCUUCCUGCCCGCCCGGCAGCUGUGGGAGUGGUCAGGAAACCCCACGCAGAGGCGUGGCGUGAAAGGGAAGGCCAGGAAGCUGUUCUACAAGGCCAUCGUCCGAGGCAGCGAGACCCUCCGUGUCGGGGACUGCGCCGUGUUCCUGUCGGCUGGGAGGCCCAACCUGCCCUACGUCGGCCGCAUCGAGAGCAUGUGGGAGUCGUGGGGCAGCAACAUGGUGGUGCGCGUCAGGUGGUUUUACCACCCCGAGGAGACCUCGCUGGGGAAGCGGCAGAGUGACGGCAAGAACGCGCUGUACCAGUCCCACCAUGAGGACGAGAACGACGUGCAGACCAUCUCCCACAAGUGCCAGGUGGUGAGCCGCGAGCAGUACCAGCAGCUGAGCGACGGCCGGCGCGGCCAGGACCGGCACGACCUCUACUACCUGGCCGGCACUUACGACCCCACCACAGGACGCCUGGUGACCGCCGAGGGCGUGCCAGUGCUCUGCUGA